CGCGUCCACACUGGAGCAACAUUUUCCAACAUAAUACAACAAAAACUUGUUACAACAUAAAAUGUUUAUAUUUGUUGGAAUAUGUUGUGUUGCGUUGCAUAAAGUUGGUGUUGCGAUUCAACACAAGUUGUAGUAUGUUGUAUAAAUCCGUUUCUAGCGGUAAAGAUCAAAGGAUAAUAUGAAACAAAGUGAAACAUUUGUCAACAUUGCUUCGAUGUGGACGGAUUGUUGCGAGUUGAGACCUGUUGCAAAUUGAGUGACUAGACAGUAGACAGACCGCCGCGUCUAUAUUUAGUGAUGGCGUUUAAGUGGACUUCGGAGAAUUGUUUAAAUUUAAUUGACAAUUAUAGACAACAUCCAUGUAUUUGGAAUCCUAAAAAUGUUAAAUAUAAAUGCAGAGAAUCAAAAAAUGAUGCAUGGAAUGCAGUUUGUUCAGCUGUAGGGUGCUUAUCUCAGGAAGAGGCAAAAAGAAAAAUCCGUAAUUUGGUGGCUCAGUUUUAUAGAGAGAAAAAAAAAUAUCGCAGCAUGAAAAAAUCUGGAGCAGGCGCUCAGUUUCAUUCCAAGUGGUUUGCCUACGAUGCAUUAGUAUUUCUUCGAGACAAAAACAAAGUCCGCCCAUGCAAGGAAAGUGAAGCUGAGAACGUGGAUGACCUUAAUGACUCUUCCUCCGAAACGGAUUUAGAUGAUUCACAAGUAACAGAUUGUGAUGAAGGUGGAAAUGAGACCCAAGAAUUUCAAGAUGCAGAAAAUGGCAACGAAGGCAUGAAAGACUUGUAUGACGAUGGUUCUCAAAACCCAUCAACAUCUAACGCUGCUUGUGAGAAGCCUUCGGCAUCUAACAAAUCCUCUCAAGAGCCUCGUAAAAAAACCGUGGAAAAUCCGAACAGCACAAAUCUUGAUGAAUUUAAACACCCUAAUAAAACUAGACGUGUCACACAAACACUUACAAGAAAAAUCGAUGAUAACGCUCGAAAAGAAGAGGCAUAUAAAAUAAUUCAAGACAUACAAAAUAAACGACAGCGAGACAAAUUCGAUGUAUUUGGAGAACAUAUGGCGUGUAAAAUUAGGGAUUUGAAUACCACCUGCGCACAAAAUAUUGUAGAACAUCUUAUAGGUAAUAUUUUGUUCGAUGCAAGUAUGGGUAAAUAUGAUUAUGGAAUGCCACAAUCAACUAACACAUAUGAGCCAAUUUUAUCAAUGCAACCUUCCACGAGACCACAAUCACAUUCAUCGUAUUGCAGCACACCAGCUAUAUCACCAGCGGAGACAUACAUACAAAACUCUUCAGACUCCUCUACUGCUUUUGGUUCCUCAAACAUUCUCGCAGAGGCAUUUCAAUUAAGUAACAUGUAAAACUUCUAAAGUUAUCAAUAAAAAAGUACAAUAAAGUUUACUUACCUUAA